UGUGAGUGAGAAAACCACGUGCUUUAGUUUACAUCAGCUGUGGACUACAUAUAUAUAGACUGCUCUCGCAACACUUCAAUCGAUAUUGAGGAAUCAGUUGUUUCGCUGCGACGGUAUUCAAACGUUGUACUCUACUGUGAAGAGUAACUUGGGUUGUUUUCCAACAAGGACAGAAAACAUGACAAAAGAUAAACUUUGCGAUUCGUCUUUAGAAGAAGGGACUUCUCCGUCAUAUUUACUAUCUUGUGUUAAAUCUUCCUUCGCUUUCCCAGAUUAUCCGGAAAUAAAUCCCAAAGUUUUCCGCAUGGGUCGCCUCUCAAUUUCAGCACCCCAUUCACGUUCCUGUUCCAUGAGGAAAGUUAAACGUGACCACAAUGUACAUGAAAUGGACAGAAAAAGAAGAAACAGUCUUCCUCCGGACUACUCAGAUAUCGCCUGCGCCUACCUUUCAUCAGACAUUCAGUCUACAUGUGUGAAUUCUCAAGAGACCUUCCAACGUGUAAGAUCAUUUAAAAUGACCUCAAAAGGACUCAUAAAUCACGGAGAUUCUCUGAGAAAUAAAAACAGAUCCAAGUGUGCUUCUAGAAAUGGUUCUCUAACAGACAACCGAAGACAGCGGAUGUGGAGUGAGAACUCGGAUGACACGCGCAGUUCCCUGUCAAGUUGCUCUAGUGGCUACUAUCGUGUUGUGAUCCUGGGGACCCCUAGUGUUGGAAAGACCGCCCUAAUGAAUCAGUUCAUGACUUCAGAAUACACUGGGGGACUCGAUCUUGGAACAGAUGAAAAUGACUCGAUGAAUGUGUCGGUGUUGCUUGACGGCGAGGAAUCCUCUUUAGAAUUCCUAGAUACCCAUCUUGAUCAGGACAUUGUCUGUGGAAGUUUCUUCGACGCCUUCGUAUUUGUAUACUCCGUGGACGAUGUGACAUCAUUUAAGACUGUUGAUGAUGCUAUGUACCAUCUACGUCAUGAUCUGGGUUCCGACCGGCCCUUCAUACUUGUUGCCAACAAAAUCGAUCUCGUACGAAACAGGAAAAUCACGCCUGAAGAGGGUAGAAAGAUCGCCAAUCGACAUGAUGCUAAAUAUAUCGAGACAUCGGUGACACUCCAUCAUCACGUGGAUGAGCUCUUGGUGGGAAUUUUACGUCAGAUAUGGAUUAAAUUAAACGUCAUACUCCCGGAACCUACACCUAAUAAGAACAAAAAAGGACCGAAAGAACUUUUGAGGAAGAUAUUUAGAUUUAGAAAAAACGAAGAUCCCAUCGAAAAUGUCUUCGAAUAAUAAACUCAAUCCCGUUUUCGGAUGUCUUCUUUCCUGAUUGUGCUUGGUUGUGUCUGCGAUGCUUUUCCAGCUCAUCACCUUUUUCAAAGACAACAAGUGGUGCAUUAUAGAAUGACAUAUAAUUAUCAUUAUCCUCGUUUUCCCCCGCUGAUAUUAUAAAUUUUGUACCAUAUAGAUUUUACUGUAAAUGAAUUUGUUUCUCUGUCAUCGAAUUCACAUGAAAUAUACUUGCCAGACUUGCUCUUCCAUUUCUUUUCAUUAAGUCUGCGCACAUAGGUGUCGCAACAUAUAUUGCUUUCCAUUGGCAUACUGUGAAUACCAUUCCAAUCGUAUACACAAACUUGAAUAACAUGAUGAUUAUCUAUAUUUGAUAAGUUCUGCAGUUUGACAAUCGUAUUGUUUGUGAUAAAUUUCAUGUCUCUGCAAUAAAUAUAUUUUGUUACAAACUAA